GACACUGUUCAGAUAAAAGCGGUUCAAGCGGCCACAUCGCUCUGCAGCUCAUAAGUUGGAGGAACAUUUCGCAUGAUGGAUUGCUCUGAGGAAGUGCAGUCAAUCUCAGAGGAAGCCAGCUCCCCGAUGGAGCUCAAAAAGGGAAUGUCGAUUUUCAUUGAUAUUUUACGGAGAGCCGAUAAAAACGAUGAUGGGAAGCUGUCCUUUGAUGAGUUCAAAGCCUACUUCUCUGAUGGAGUCUUGACAGCCGAGGAACUGAAGGAGCUUUUCCACACCAUCGACACCCAUAACACAGACAAUGUCGAUACUGAUGAACUUUGUGAGUAUUUCUCCCAGCAUCUCGGUGAAUAUGAAAAUGUUCUUGCUGCAUUAGAAGACCUGAACUUGUCCAUACUGAAGGCCAUGGACAAGACAAAGAAGGAGUAUCAAGAGUCGACCCACCUGGAGCAGUUCGUGACCCGUUUCCUGUUGAAGGAGACGACCAAUCAGCUCCACUCCCUUCAGAGCUCCCUGGAGUGCGCCAUGGAAACCACGGCUGAGCAGACUCGCCAGGAGAAACAGGGCCCGCUGAAGCCUGAGGCCUUGUCCAUCCAGUGGUCGGGCCGUCGCUCCAAUCGGAGGCUCCAGAGGAACAGCAGCCUCUCUCCCAACAACCCGCUGCUCAGUCUGGUCAACUCAGGUGUGUACGAUGAAGACAGCCAGUGGUUGACCCAGGUCAACAGACUGCAGAAGCUUAUCGACCGCCUAGAACAAAAGGACAUUCGCAUGGAGCCCGUUGAGGAAGAAGUCCUGGAGAGCUCCAGCAAAUCGCACAUCCUGAUAGUCCAGAGGCAGCUGGCGGUGCUGGAGGAGGAGCUGGAGGAGUUUCGCCUGGCUCUCAGACAGUAUAUGGACUGUGCCUGCGCCCAGACUGGAUGCCUACACAUCGCAGUUCAACGGCUGGCAAAUGAAUCACGCUUCAUUCUCUAUGAGUUCUGGGAGCACAACAACGUGUGGAAGAAUCACCUGCAGACCAACUACAGUAAGACCUUCCAGCGGGGGAACGUGGACUUCCUGGAGACCCCGGAGAUCAUGACCACCAUGCUGGUUCCUGCCUCAUGGUGGGUGCUCAACAACAACUGAGAGCGGAGCAGCGCCCUGGAGAAGCGGGCACCGGGGGCCACGCCGCCGCCGAUCGGUGCGGCCCUGCCGGAGAGCGGAGAGUCACCCGUUAACACCGGGGUCCGAAAAUCCACAGCGGCACACACUCUCACACUAACGUCAACUUGUGAAGUCAUGGUGAAUAGUAUGAAUUUAUAACCUCCAUGUUCCUUCAUAGCUGGUAGCAGUAAUAGCCCGUACGUGUGUGUGUUUGUGUGUACUCCUAGAAGAAAAGCAAUGACCUCAUCAGACGGAGACCAGGUCUGAUGAUUUGACAUCAUCACUGUGUUUGACGUUGCAUCAUCCGCAGCCCAGGGUAGUUUGUGGAUGGAUGAGAAGUCGAGCGUGCGGUGAAUGUGCGUGACACGGCUUUCCGCUGCACAGUUUGUGUGUGCGUGUGUGUGUGUGUGUGUGUGUGUGUGUGUGUGUGUGUAUGUGUAAGUAAAUGGAUGAGUGAUGAUGAUGAACAGAUAAUGAGAGAGGUGAUUUUAUCCUUUUGUAGCAGCUCUGGGCAUUGUUGUGUCAUUACUGUAUUUAAUGUGUCAAAUCGGGGUAAAAAUCUGUUGGUCAUAAAUAAAGAUGCUGUAAUAUA